GGCCGUUCCCCCCUCCCCGCUGCGGGUGGGAGUCGCUGACUCAUCGGCCCGUCGCCCCGGCCCCCCCGAAGGAAGGGGAGCUCAUCCCGCUCAUCCCGCUCAUCCCGCUCAUCCCGCUCAUCCCGCCGACCCAGGGGCUGCAUUGCAGACCCGGACGCGCCACCAGACAAAAGCGACGCUGCGACGAUUUCCCAGCACAAAGAGCCCGGCCGGCAUCCCGCCCAUCCCUCCCUCCAUCCAUCCAUCCCGCCGCCCAGCAGCUGGUCCCCCCGGACGGGAGCGAGAGAGGGCGUGACUCAAGCCUGGAGAUGCUGGACACCAUCAGCAGCCAGUACGACUCCUUCAUCUACUGGAGGAUGCCGAUCCCGCGGCUGGACGUGGCGGAGCUGGAGGGGCUGGAGCUCGGUGAUGUGACCCUCUACAAACCCAAGGCAGGGCUGGGCAAGCUCACCAGCCAGCGGGAUCGGCUCCGCCAGGACGUCUCCGACGAAGAGGACACUCUGCUGCAGUUCAACAGCUUUAACUUCUGGCGAGCUCCCAUCGCCAGCAUUAGCUCCUUAGAUUUCGACCUCAUUUGAAGCCUUGCCUUCUGCCCCUCCUCACCCCCCUGCCCUCUCCCUUCCUGCCAGGCAUGCGAGGAUUUGGUUCUGUUGUUGGUUUGGAGGUUGUUCUUUUGUUUUGUUUCCGGGUGGCUUGGAGGCUGUUCUGCUUUUUGUUUCCGGGUUGAUAUUGUUCAUUAACGCAGCAGUUUCCCCCCAGCCCUGGUGGCGAUGGGCUCCCUGCAAAGCUUCAACCUCCCUCCACCUUCUCCCUCUUUUUCUUCCCUUCCUGCAGCAGGGCUGGGAGCACCGUGCCAGGGCAGCUGUGUGACCCUGGGUGUUCCCUGUGCUCUGGGACCAGCGUUUGAGCUCAUUUCUCCUCUUUUUUAAGAAACUCAUUUGUGCAAAGGGAGCAGUGCAGCACUGAUGGGAAUCGCCUUCAUUUUCCAGAAAUCUUCAUCCCUGCUCCCCUCCCAGGGACACAGAGACCCUCCGUGCUCCCCUGGCCCAGUUUCUCCAAAAGCUGCUUCAUUUCUUCCCCUUUGGAUAAUCAUAGCAGGGAUGUGUGUGCCCAGGACGUGAGCACAAACCUCCUUCUUGAAAGGAAUUAUCUCUUCGAGGCUUGUGGCUUGAGCCCAAGCAGGAGAAAUAAUGGCCAGGAGGGUAAAUACAGAUUGAAAUGCUCCAGCCUUGCUUGGUGGGAUCAAGGCAGGAUGUUCACUGCCUGAAAUUUGAAUUUUCUCUCCCUUUUUGUACCCUGUGUGCUUUAUCCCAGGUGUGACUCCCAACAGGGACAAGUCGGGUACACUGUGUCCUCCAGAUGGGCAACAGGGGCUGAGCUGAAGGAGAAGGUGGAGAAUCUAGGGCUGGUUUUACACCAAAAUUAAAAAAAAAUAUUAAUAAUAAUCUGGUUCCCCACUUAAUUAAUCAACCACUUUAAAAAUAAUAAUGAAAAAAUGCUACAUUCACUCAAGUGGGAGACUUGGAAGGUUUUCACCUGCAGUCUCCACGGGCUGAGGUUUAUUUCUGAGCACCAUCUCAAAAAGGGGCAAAAAAACCCCACAACCAACCCAGGGGUUACUUAUUUUUUUUUUCCACCAAGAUUGUUUUCUGGAAGAGUGAACACGACUGGUUUGUCUUCUCGAAUGUGUGUGGCUUGGGUUUCUUUUGGUUUAGUUGAAGUUGUGAUCCCGAAACUGUCUGAAGAUUUGGGAGGGUACGUGGCCAGGGUGAGGAGCACUGAAAACACGUCCCAAAAUUGGCAAAUAUUAGAAAAAAACCUGCACUCUGGAAUGGGAGCGGAGUGCAGCUCUCCUGGAACCUCCAGGAACGCCCCAGCCUGCUGACUUUCAACCACCCGUGUUAAACCUGAGGUGAAAAAUGUAAACUCUCCUAUGCAGAGCUGUUUUGAUUUCUGUGUUCUCAGCUGGGAAAACCCGCCUAAGUAUUUAUUAUGAAACUUUAAAUAAAAUUAUUUAAAAGG